AAGAUAUUGUUAAACGUGUAAAUUGGCCAAUUGAUAAAUCAGAAAAAUAUGAUCUUAGCGGUGUUGCAACAGUUCCAACAGAAUCUAUAGGCAUUGCUCGUAAUUUCCCAAUAACAUUCCCUCCAGGUUUUACUAUACGUGAAGAUUUUGUAGUUGUACGCGUUCCUAAACCAACAUUGAUAUUUCCAAACCCACUUCUCAAGAAAUAUAAAUGCGCCAUAGAUUGGGGUAAAGAUGAAUUGAAAAUUCCUUUCAAUGGGAAGGAUCACAUUAUUCCAGUAACUAUGCAUAAAGUCAAGAAUAAGCUCGAAGUAAACUGUGCUACUGCAUCUCAAGAUGAUAAGCCUUUGAUAUCCGAUCAAAUUUCUCAAGAGGCGGAUAGUGAUAGGGAUAACAAUAUAACAUUGGAGGAAUGGCAUGCUCCUGCGGGUUUUAGCCUAGAUUCUGAUAAUUCGACUUUAAAAAAAAAUGC